GUGCUACCUCUCCGGACGGACUAGCUGUGGCGCCGUGAUGCUUUUGGCAGCGGCCGCCGAGCGGAACAAGGAACCAAUUCUGCGCGUUCUGCGGCAGUAUGUGGACCCGGCUCAGCGCGGCAUUCGCGUGCUGGAAGUGGCCUCGGGCUCCGGCCAGCAUGCAGCCCACUUCGCGCGGGCCUUCCCCCUUGCGGAGUGGCAGCCGUCUGAAGUGGACCAGCGCUGCUUGGACAGCAUCUCGGCCACCACUCAAGCCCAGGGAUUGUCCAACGUGAAGGCUCCGCUGUACCUGGACGCGACCUGGGAUUGGGAGAAAUGGGGCGGGAUCCAGCCGCAGUCGCUGGACCUGCUGCUCUGCAUCAACAUGAUCCACAUCAGUCCCCUGAACUGCACCGAGGGGCUCUUCAGAGCAGCAGGACACCUGCUGAAGCCCAAGGCGCUGCUCAUCACCUAUGGGCCCUACGCUGUCAAUGGGAAGAUCUCUCCCCAGAGCAAUGUGGACUUUGACCUGUCGCUCAGAUGCAGGAACCCAGAGUGGGGGCUGCGGGACACGGCCUUCUUGGAGGACCUGGGCCAGGCCAGCGGUCUUCUCUUGGAGAAGAUGGUGGAUAUGCCAGCCAACAACAAAUGCCUGAUUUUCCGGAAAGAGUAACCCUUCUUCCUGCAUGCCUAUGUCCCCAGUGAGGCCCCUUCUGGGACAGACUCAGAGAGCCAGCCCCUGCCUCCCUGGACCAGGCCAUGCAGACUGGCCUUGCCCAUUCUGGGGGCUCUUGGUCAGUGGCCACAGGGCUGCUGAGAGCCUGGGAAUAAAGUGUUUCCUGCUGUCCUA